UUUCUAUUCUGUACAACUUAAUUGAAUAUUUAAAAAAAUUAAUUAUAUAAAAUGUCAGAUAGCAAAAAUGAUAAAGUGAAAGUUGAUUUAGGGCUUUUAGAAGAAGAUGACGAGUUUGAAGAGUUCCCAGCAGAAGAUUGGACAGCUAAGGAUGAAGAUAAUGAAGAUAUAAGUGUGUGGGAAGACAAUUGGGAUGAUGAUGACGUUGAAGAUGACUUCAACCAACAAUUAAGAAUGCAGUUGGAGAAACAAAGAGUACAAUGUGAAUUUGAAAAAGAAAAUUAAUUAAAAGGAUGUUUUCGUGUGUGGUAAAUGAUAUAAAAAUGAUC